UAUUUUAAGAAUUCUUUUUUGAAAUGCAAAAUGCAGAGCUGACAUCUGUAACUGAAAAUCUGAAAUGGUGUAUGUAAAAAAACAUUGUUAGAAAAAGCACGUAUUUAGGCUUUCAUGAACACAGAAACCAAAUGGUUAAAUGAUUGGGUUUGUUCGUUUUUGUGGAAUUAAGUAUUUUUUUUUUGUUCACUAUUUCUUGACCGGAAGUCAGUCCGCCGCAGUAAUGUUCCCGCAGGAACAAGGAAAUAGAAACACUUUUUGCAGCUGUUGCUCUAAAACAAGCCCCUCCUUUGCUUGUGGAUGUGACCGGCUGUACGCUGGAAAGAGGGUCCAGUGUGUCCAGGCUUUACGUUACAACGGACAACAACAUGGGACUGCUGUCUGACCCGAACAGGAGACGGGCUUUGAUCAACCUGCUAACCCGCCUCAAUGCCCCAAUCUGUGUGGUCUGCUACAUGGCGGGCGUGGCCUGGUUCAUGGGGUUAGCGUUUGAGCCGUUCACUCUGCGGACAUACAUGUCAGAGAACGCCAUGGGGUCCACCAUGGUGGAGGAGCGCUUUCCUGCGGGGGAGAGGGCGCUGGCCACGGGCAGAGAGUUCUCAGCCCAUAAGAAGAAAACAGGAGGGAUGCCAGUGGACUGGCUGGUGAAGACCAUGCAGUCUCAAGGGCUGGAGGUGUUUACCCAGAGGUUCUCUCGCAGGCUGCCCUUCCCUGAUGAAGACAAAGAGAGAUACAUGGUAAAAGGCACAAAUGUGUAUGGGAUCCUUCGGGCCCCGAGAGCCUCGCGGACUGAAGCCCUGGUGCUGAGUGCCCCCUGCACCCCGGGCGAUAGCAACAACCAGGCAGUGGGGCUGCUACUUGGCUUGGCACAGUAUUUCAGGAAUCAGGUUUACUGGGCCAAAGACAUCAUCUUCCUCGUGAAUGAGCAUGAUCUGAUUGGUAUGCAGGCCUGGCUGGAGGGCUACCACCACACCAACUCUACGGGUAUGGACUGGUCUCCACUUCAAGGCCGCGGGGGUUCGAUCCAGGCAGCUCUGUCCCUGGAGCUCAGCAGUGAUGUCGUCACCAGUUUGGACCUGGUCCUGGAAGGCCUCAACGGCCAGCUCCCCAACCUGGAUCUCGCCAACCUCUUCUACGCCUUCUGUCAGAAGAUCGGAGUCCUUUGCACCACCCAGGGCAAGCUGCAGAGGAAUGAUUGGGACAGCGUGUCCGGCUACAGCCACGCAGUCCAGACCAUGAUGCUGAUGGUGAUGAAGCAGGCCAGUGGGCGGUCCUGGGGGGAUCAUGGCCUUUUCCUGCGAUACCACAUUGAGGCCGCCACCAUCAAGGGCAUCAACAGUUUCCGUCAGUACAAGACUGACGCCACCACCACUGGCAGGCUCCUGGAAGGAAUGUAUCGUAAGCUGAAUAACCUCCUAGAGCGCCUGCACCAGUCCUACUUCUUCUACCUCAUGCCGUCCCUCUCUCACUUUGUCUCCAUUGGUUAUUACAUGCCAGCCUUCGGCCUCCUUGCCGUCAUCCUGCUGCUUCGUGCCUUAGACCUGUGGGUUCAACUUGCGACUCCACCACCAAGAACAGAAGAUGGAGUCGCUGACGCUGAGCAGAUCUCCAGUCCAGGAGUUCUGUCCGUGCUGACUCCCCUGGUGAUCAGCCAUCUGACCGGAGUAGCUCUCUACACCCUGCCCAUCCAUUUUCAGGAGGUGGCUGUGGAACACUUCCCGGUGUCUGAGACCGAGGCUGUGGUCCUGACAGCUAUUGCCGUUUACACGGCAGGCCUGGCUUUGCCUCACAACACACACAGACUCCUGACGGGUCAGGGGACCGAGCAGGGCUGGAAAGUGCUGAAGCUGGUGGCUGUGCUGUACCUGGCUGUGCUGCUGGGUUGCACCGCGCUCAUCAACUUCUCCCUGGGCUUCAUCCUGGCUCUCACCCUGGUGCCCGUGGCGGCCUUCGUCACACCCCACGUACCAAAGGCUCUGUCAGCCUUCAUCCUGGUCAUCCUCAGCCCAGCCUGCACGCUCCUCUUUUCUGUCUUUUUGUUCCAAGAGUUGCAGGAGAUGCCGGUCAGCUUCCUGGAGGGUUGGAUGCUCUUCCUGUCAGUCAUCUCUCAGGGCAUCCUGGACCACGCCCUGUACGGCUCUCUGGUUUACCCGCUCAUAUCCCUGCUGGUCUAUCCUUGCUGGCUGCUUUUCUGGAACAUCCUCUUCUGGAAGUAAAUUGCAAGUCUGAAGGCUUUCAUAGGGAACAAAACCCUCUGAGGUUUGUCUCAGAUUUGUCUUCACUCGCAGUGUAAUAUGAAUGACGGUUAAAUCCACUGGAGAGAUUUGAAAAGAAGAUGAAUAUCUAUAGUUGACUUGGAACUCCCUUUCUUUGGCUGUUUUGUUGGUAUUUCACUCUUAAAACCGUCGGGAAAACUCAGACUUUGCUCGAUAAACGUGGACUGUUUUGUACUGAAUAUCUCACUUACAAAUAAUGAAGUGGACGAGGGGACGAUCUUUUCACAAGUAGCUAUAAAUGUCAUGGUUGGAUUGCUUUUGGUAAAAUAAGUUUUAUGGAUGUCUUGUGAAUUUCUUUGUGGUACUUAAAGUAAAUGCGUUGGGUUUCUUUUAGCUCUUUAUUUUUCCAGGCAGGAUGGUAAUGAAUGACAACAGCAGCUCGACCAACUGAUAACAUGAAACGGGAAACCCCUGUUGAAAUGGAAGAAACUACCCGUUUGGUUGGUUGGUCGUCUGUACAUCUACAUCCUUUGAACACCACGUCACCGUAUCUAAUAUUUUUAUACUUGUUUUGAUAACUUUCUUUGAAAUGUUUAUCUCAUAUUUAUUAAUGCCAAAUUAAAAGAUUGAAAAGAA